AUGUCUAAUCCAGAAGUUGAAGAAAUAAACUCAGCGAGCAAUCUGUUAAAUGAAGAAGCUAAAGAAAUUGCAAAUAGCGAGAACUUUGAAAACAAUAUUCAGCCUUCUGAAGAAUUAAGCCAUGAAUUACAAACUGAAGUUAAUCGCCCUGUUGCAGUCUCAAAUAUUCCAGAAAAAACUGACGAAGUAUCUAAUGAAAUCGAAAUUGAAGAAAAACUAUCGAAAACUGAUGAGAUUGUGCAAGAGAUAAAAGAGGUUGAAGAAAUUUUGCCGUUAAAUCAAGAAAAUGAUAGCCUGCAAGAUCAAAACGAGAAAAUAGACGGUCUAUCAAAUCAAGACAUAAAUCAAGAUAUAAGAAAUUUGAGAGAAGAAGAAAGAAUUCAAGCAACUGGAGAAGUCUUUGAAGAAGAAAGCAAAGGAAUAAAAGAAAACGAAGAGCAAAAAUACGAUAAUUCUUCAGUUGGAGCAGAAAUAGACAUCAAUGAAAUUAAUUCAAAUAUGAAAGCAGCUCAUCCAGAAGAAGGAUCAUAUCCUACUUAUGAAAGUAUGCCAACAACAGCUGGAGCUGAAAUAAGCUCAUUAAAUAAAGAUUCAAUAAAUCAGUCUAUUGAAGAAAAUAGUGGCUUAAGAGAAAUUGGCCAGGAGGAUAUAAGCAUAUCUCCUUCUGAAGAAGAGAUUUCUUUAAUAGAUGGAAUCGAGCAGAAAGAAGAUUUUCGAGAAAUAAAUUCAAAAAAUAAAGACCAGGAGUCAACAUAUACAUAUUUUAAUGAAGCAAAUCAGCCAGAUCCAUUAGUCAGCCAGCCAGAAGCAGCAUCAUAUUUGAAUGAAAGCGAACAUCAGCAAGAUCUCAUCCCAGAAGGAAAAGAAGAUGAGCAUCAUCCAGCUGAAAUAAAUCUCUUAAAUAAGGAUCAAACAGAUUCAAUCCAAGAAUCAGAGAGCAUGCUGGAUAUCCCACGAAAAAGUGAAAGCUGCUAUAUCUCAGGCAGAAACGAAGAUUGCAGUCCGGAGCUUGCUCCAGAGCAAACAGAAUCCAAUGAUUCAAAAGAAAUUAUUGACUCAAGAGAAAACACAUUUUGCUAUAUGUCAGUCCGAGAUGAAAACUCCAUAAGUCAUGAUAACCUUGAUGAAAUCAUUUCGCAGUCAAUGAUAAUUCACAAUGAAGCUGAUUUAUCAAUGAAGCAGCCAAGCAGAUCAUCCAAACAGCCAAACCGUGCCAAAACAAACCUAAUUUCCCCUAAAUACUCCAACAAAAGAAUAAACCAAAGCUUCAGGAAUCCAUUAGAAGAUGAACCGGCCCAUCCCAAAAAGAAAGCUGUAAACGCUGCAGAGGCCAUUGCAAUUGGCCAAUCUUUAUACAACAAAGGCAAAGAAUUUUUAUCCAACAGAGAAACCAAGCUUGAAAAAAUUUUCACUGACACCCAUUCUUUUAAGCCAACUAUUAACUCAAAAUCAGCAAAGCUGGUAGGAGGGAUUCACAAAGAGAAAAAUGAGCUGUAUAGUGAUAAAAUUAAAAGGCCUAAAUAUGUGCCUGAAGAAGAGCACAAAAAAGAAAAAAAAAAACUGAAACUUAAGGAUUUCCUUGAUAGGAAUUAUGCUAAACCCUUGGAGCAUGUAAAAGAGAAGAAAAUUGUUGUACCGAAAGAAGAAGUAGAUGAAGAAUGCACGUUUGCGCCAAAAAUUGAUGGGAAGUCAAAAACAAUUGGAAGCAUGCACAGGAAUCUUUAUGAUUUGGCUGCAGAAAAGAAAAGCAAGAUGGAUCAAAAAAUACAAGAAGCGAAGAUGCAGAAGGAAAAGGAGGAACUUAAGGAGUGCACUUUUCAGCCAACAGUUUUUAAGCAGAUUGACACAAUGAAAUCUCCGAAAAAUAAGUUUGUGUCUCAUUCAAUAUUUUCAAAUCAAGAUUCGUUUCUCAAUACAAUUGGAUAA